UGCAAUGUAGAGUCACGUCCUUUUGCAGCUAUUUGUUUUUGCAAUUGUGCUACUGCAUACAAAGGACUGGGCCAAGUCACUGAUGCUAUUGCUGAUUGCAACCUCGCCAUAGCACUUGAUGGCAAUUAUUUGAAGGCACUUUCUAGACGUGCCACAUUAUAUGUGAAGAUUAGAGAUUAUGGGAAAGCAAAUAGUGAUCUUGAAAGACUUCUUUCUCUUCUCAUGAAGAAAAUGGAGAUGACCAAUCAAACUGGAUUAUCUGAAAGAUCUGUUAACUUGGCAAACGAUACUAGACAUGCUCGUUCGUGGCUUUCUGAAAUUGAGGAACAAAGCAAAAAGGAAGUGCCUUUGGAUUUCUAUCUCAUCUUGGGGAUUGAACCAUCUGCUUCACCAGCAGAAAUAAAGAAGGCAUAUAGGAAAGCUGCUCUUAGGCAUCAUCCUGACAAGGCUGUUCAAUCCCUGGUAAGAACUGAAAAUGGAGACGAUAAAAUCUGGAAGGACAUAAGAGAAGAAGCCUACAAGGAUGUUGACAAACUAUUUAAGAUAAUUGGAGAAGCAUAUGCAGUACUUUCAGACUCUACCAAGCGCUCAAGGUAUGACUCUGAAGAAGAGACAAGGAACUUGUAG